CUAUCUCCAAGCGUCGCUCGCUCUCCCUGCUAGCUGCGACCUCCCUAGUGGCGCGUCGUUCUCCCUGCGCUCGCCGGCGGAGCUCCCAUGCCGCGCGCGCCCUUGCCUUCUUCCUCCCCCUGCGUCCCUAUUCGGUUCCUGCGCGCGCGCUCUGUUCUCUCCUACCGGCACCCAGCCGGAUUCCUCUACGUCGUGCCCUGCUCGCCCUCUCCAGCGCCAGUCGCUCCUACCCAUCUCCCUGCUCCAGCUCUGUUGCCGCGCGAGCUCGCCGUGGAGCUCUGCGCGCCGAGCUUCUCCCUGGUCUCCCAUGGCGCCCAGCUCAGAUCUCGCCCUGCUCCUCUGCGCGCAGCCCCCUGACGCGUUUUCCUCCCUGCCGAGCUCGUCUCGAGCUCCCGCUCACCCUCUGCCCAGCCGUCGCUUGCCCCUGCCCCAACGCCGUGCCUCUGUUAUUUACGGUCGUCGCUCUCCCAGCCCGGCCGGAUCUCCCAGCGUCGCGCCCUGUUGUCCUCCCUUUCCCAUGGCCGGCGCUCCGUUUUCCUCUGCCGGCUGAGUCUCCUCGACAUGGAGCAUCUCCCUGCGCGCGUUGAACUUCUGCUCGGCGUCCUGCUGGCCGAAGCUUCGGAUUGCCGCGCCGAUGGCCGAGCCCGGCCCGCGCCUUCCCUGUCCUCUGUACGCGCGCAGCUCGCCCCCUCAGCUCGUCGCGCGCCUGGGAUGCUUGCCGGCGCUCAGCUCCACCGCGCUGUGAAGUCUCUGCGCGCAAGCUAUCUGUUGGCCGCGCACGAACUCCUCUGCUUGGCCCGUCGUCGUUCUCCAGCUCCUUACCGCACUCGAUCGUUUCGUCGUCUCGUCUUAAUGCCAGUCCCCACGUGACAUCUCUGACGUAUGUUCACGCCGACAAAAGAAUCCCAAGAAAAUGUAGAGAAGCAAGCCUUUGGUCGAUGUUCAAGUGGUCGACGAAAGGCCAGAACAAGAAUCAUCACUGUUUAUGCGGAGUUAUACUUAAUAUGAAAAGAUUCCAAGAAUUAUGGAUGGAAGAGAAAGUGAAGCUUCGUGCUAUACUCGUCAGCUGCUCGAUCGAAGACUUCAAUCGAAGACUAUCGUCGUUCCCGCCAACACUGAAUCAAGUUGAUAACGGUGAGCCAAAUCACUAUUUUUACUAUGGAUUUUAUGAUAGUGAAAUAAGACGCUUAGUUUGCAUAGGAAGUUAAAAUUAGAAAUACCCAUGAGGCGAGGUGUGCUUCGAGGGGUUUAGUGGCUGAAUAUAUUCGAACUAGUUCUAUUUUGUAGAAUAUAGUAUUUUGGUGACGCGUAGGUUAAAUUCAGGAUUUUAUGCUUUUGUCGAUAGCUCUAUCAAUGCUAAUGGUGUUCAAUGC